CAGGCCAGUAUUGGAAACCGCGUCACAGCGACCAGUAUACCUAAAAACAAAAAACAAAAGAAAAACAAUCUCGAAGAAUGCAACAAAUCAGCUAGGAGAAUUGCAUCUGAGCAAGGACAGUAACUAGAAGUUAUAAGAACUCUACAGAAAUGUCGCAGGCUGCAUCUACGACUCAGAGUGCGGCAGCUGCACCGGUGGGGGGCAACAGAAGGCCCCUUCCCAACGAUGUUGUGGGCGGCGUGGGCGUCAUGGGGACCACCAUGUCAGCUCGAUACGGAGAGACGGAGUGGGAGGCCCGAGAGUCCCAAAGACAGAGGGAGCUUCAUGAAGCCCGAGCCAGGGCGGCUCAAAUGGAAAAGACCAUGAAGUGGUGGUCCGACUGCACUGCCAACUGGCGGGAGAAGUGGAGUAAGGUGCGUAACGAGCGAAACAAAGCCAGGGAAGAGUCCAAGCAGCUGAGUAUUAAGCUGGACGUCGCUAUGAAAGAUGCACAUUCCCUCAAGCGCGAGAAGAACGAUCUCGAGCUGCAGAUCACGCAGCUCAAGAAGGAAAUGGAGAAGGUGCACUCGCUAAUGAUGAAGCAUGCCGGUCAGUUCCAUCGCGCCGACACCAGUGAAGAUGCAGAGGCCAACGGCCGGGAUGCCAACUGUUCCCCGGACAUCUCGUCGGAUGGACUAAAGAACGUAAACAGCGAGGAUGGCCUGGUGAUGAAAUUGCCCGGUGAAGCCAAGGAUCAGGACAUCGAGGAGUUUGCAUUGAAGGGGGCCAUGCCCAAGCAUCUUACAGAGUUGGAUGAAGCAGCUGCUGCAGAGGAAAAGCGCUUGAUUCAGCAGCUUUCCAAAGAUGACUUUGACGAGGACUACUUGACGCAGAAGAUAUCUAUGCUGCAGUUGCGUUUGGAUGAGGCGCAGAAAACACUUCAGGCGGAGAGAGACGAGAAACUGGAACUCCACAAGAGCAUUGAGAAGCUCACCCUUGAGAUCCAGGAUGUGCGUGGGCGGCAGGAAGAGAUGCGUUCUGCAAAGCAAGAGGCAGUAAGGGAACUUCUAACCUUGCAGGAGCAACAUCGCGCCGAGAUGCGUAUCGUUAACAACUCUCUUCAAGAGGAGAUAGCCGCAAGGGAGAACCUAGAGCGACGACUCACGGAACUCCGCACUGAGCUGGAGCAUCUGCAGGCGGAGAAUGCAUCCGAGUGGGGCAAGCGGGAGCGACUGGAAUCGGAGAAACUUGCCAUGGAGCGCGAUAACAAGAAGCUGCGUGCUGAACUGAGGGACUACCAGGAACGAUCUGAUCGCAAGUGCCGCCCCAUGCAGGCGAACGACGUGGAGCUACGGGCACUCCAGCAGGAGCUCUCGGAGCGCAACAAGGAAAUCAGCGAAGUAAAGAUGUCGCACGCCAAGCUAAAAAAGCUGCUGGCAGAGACAAACACCGAGCUGGGCCAUGCCGUUCGUCGGGCGGAGCAGUACGAGGCGGAGGUCAAACGACUUCGUCAAAGGGUAGAGGAACUCAAACGAGAACUGGCUGGUGCCGAGGAUGAACUGGACUCGGCCGUGAACCAGGUGCGACGUCUGCAGCGCUCCAAUGACGAGCUGGUGGGCCAGACCGAGGGCUUGCAGGUCCAGAUACAGCAUCUCCAGAACAGACGUGCCCCGAGCCCACAGAUGAGGGGACUGGGCGGGGUGCAGUUAAGGAACAAGAUCGCUGUGGAGCUCCCCAACGACUGCUUGCCGAAUAUCAACGAUCUGCGACAGAUCUUUGAUGACUCGCAGGCAGGAUUAAGGAGCUCCCACAACGGCAGCGAUGCUGCUGUUCAUCAUGCCGCCUCCGUGAAGAGAUCCAGUCACACGGAAAGAACUCUUCUCCAGCAGCAGCAGAGCAGUGCAGCUGCAUCGGCAGCGGCGGCAGCUGCAGCAGCAGCUUUUUUUGAUGCCAAGCCCACACACCUGGAGGAGAACAUCUUCGAGUCGAAGUCGAGGAACCUGGAGUUCGAGCGGGCCAAACAGAAAUUCGAUAAUCCGCAUGGCCAGCACCAUCAUCACCAGAGGCAGCGGUCGGGGAAUGGCCGGUAUGGCAGUGCAGGAAGUGGAGCUAGUCGGGCUAAUCUCGCCCUGCCUCUGAAGGGCAUGAACAAUGGGGGUACCUCCACCUCGUCCUCCACCAAAGACGAGCUCAACCGACAGCUCUACGAGGCUCAUGAGAAGGAGCAAUCGGCUGGGGUAGGAUAUGCCAGGAAUAGUAUUAAUCUAGACGGUCUUAAGGUAUCUGAUGAUGAGACUCCGUAGCUAUGGCUCGACAAGUUUACUUCUGGACGAUGAGACCGAGGGAAACAGCGAUUGAAACAAAUCGAAUACAUUCGACAGAGAGUUAAUGGUAUUACUUAGUAUUAAUUUUAAAAAAUGCAUAAGUACUUUUAAGUUGAUAGAUCAUUAGCCCCCUUAAGGAUAUAUCAACUGGUUCCUUAGUUUUUUCUUAUAUAAGUGAAAACAUUCGUAAACAUAUUUUUAUGUACUUUUGAAAUUCUAAACUAGUGACAUAGGUUUUGUAAUAUUUUUAAACUAAUUCCCAUCAUCGAAUUAUUAAUCUGAUAAUCUUCAAUAAUAUUCCAUAUAUCGCUUUCGCUGGCCAUAUCUACAUAUAUGAGCUUAACUCGCAGAUAAUACGGUUGUAAGGAGUCAGUAUCCUUGACAAACCUCCAUCUAAAUCGGAAACCCUUGCCUUGACAAAAAACCAUCAACAGACUUAUUAAAAGAUAUACCGAAAUAUAUACGUAUUGGAAGCAUAAUGCAGGUUCGAUUUUUACAAAAUACAUAAUUAGUGCCAGAAGUCUAUAGAAAUUUGAUGAGAUUUAAAACAAAAGUCACUAUGCUGCUGAUCGAAUAACGAGUUCAUUUUCCAAAAAUCUGUUUUUUUAUGGUCUAGUCUUCUUUAGGGUUUUGUUUUUCAAGAAUUUCAGCAGCAUUAGGGACGGCCUAUACUUAUAUGCAAAAUUUACUUAUCAAUAGCAAUAUUAGUAUUUUAGUUCUUAAAUAUUUACAAUUAACCAUUCAUGACAAA